AUGUCGAACUUCCAGAUGUUCACUCUCGACGACGAUGCUAUGGACACUGGUGAACCAAAGGAGGGGCCGGCUCUACGAGAACUGGAAAAGAAAAGCUCACCCGACCAGGAUCUCGAGGACUCUGAUGGCUGGGAAGAUGUUACCAUGAAUGACCCCGAUUUCAAAGAAGAAGCGGGAGAGGAUGAGGAAGUGGAUGAGGACGAGGACGAGGACGAGGACGACGGAAGCACGGAAUCCAAGCCCAAACACAAACGUGCCAAAGUCCAAGGCCGCCGACGCAAGCGUACCACCUUACUUGCACAAACCGACACCACCAAUUCAUUUGUUCUCCUCGACGACGGGCCCACCGAUGAGGGUAAGAAGAGCCAGCCCUCUCGUGCGCUAGGAACAUUCGGUCGCCGCCCAAACCUACCCCGAAUCAGUCAUACGAGGAGGAUUACAGCCGAGCUCGACAGCGACGAUGAGCUUAUUAUAACCAUGCGCGAUAAAGGUUACUCCGACCAGCAGAUUGCGGACCACCUAUCGAAAGAAGGUCGAACUCGGUACGAGCGCAAAUCCGUUGCCACGCGAAUUGGCCGCAUCAAGUUGGCGCAGGCAAAGAACAUCGACAACCUGUUGGAACAGGGUCUGAAAGAAUGGAAAUACGAAGACGAUGUACGACUUCUCGAAGCAUACGCUCUGGCAGAUGUCCAAGUGAACUACGAGAUCGAGCGUGCGCGGGCAUGGCGCUUCAAGAAGGUGUCGGACCAGAUGCGUCGAGCAGAUAAGGAUUGUAUCUUCUCCGAGAAGGCGUGCAGGGACCGGUACCAGGCUCUGAUGAAUGGAACUGCUAAAAUCCCCACAGCACUGGAUGAUGAUCCUGAAGCUCGACGUAAAGAGGUGGAGGCUCUGCACCAGAAACAAGAGGAGAAACAAGCGGCCGAAGCUCUCAAAAUGCAGAAGAAGGCAGAAAAGGAACAAACUUUUCGAGAUAAGCAGCUCGAGCGUAGCGCUGAAAAGGCUAAAGCGGCUGCUACCAUGCAGGCCGCGAGGCUUAAAGAGAACGUUGAGCGGAGUUUGAAGCGCGCUCAGGAGGCCCAACUCAAAUUACAACGAGCAGAGGACAACAGAAUCGCUCGGGACAAGCAAUUGGCCGAUGUUCGUGCACGAAAAGUAGCUGCUAAGGAUGGUAAGGUGAAACAAACCCACAAUGAGAAUCCAAACCCGAGUUUCUCGUUGAAGGAAGACACGGAGAAGGCCUCAAAGAGCGCAAAUGAUGGUCCUUCAACUCCUCGAAGUGCUCUCUCUAUGAAGCAUCUUCAGGAAUUGUGCAGGCGCCGAUACCUACCUGAAGAAGCCCAAACUACCCAAGAGCUGGUAAAACGUCUCGAGGACGCCGAUAAUAAGUGCUCCCUUCAGCAGCUCAAGACUGAGUGUCGCUCAAGGGGCUUGAACGUCACUGGUAAUAAGAGCGACCUCAGACGUCAGCUUGCAGUUGCAGAUGCCAAAUUGUUCGCCUCUGAAUCCGAGGAACGGGCUUAG